AUGGGUUGCGGUUUAUCUAACGAAACGAAGAAAACAAAAGAACCUACUGAAACAAAAAAGAAGGAUAACCCUGAUGAGAAUCUAUAUUCUAGAUAGAUGGCUGUUUAUGGUGCGGAAACUUAGGGUAAGCUUAUGAAAAUGAAAGUCUUCAUUUAUGGUCUUUAAGGCGUUGGCAUUGAAGUAGCUAAAAAUUUAGUUUUAGCAGGUCCUAGUUAAGUAGUAAUUUACGAUGAUAAUAUUUGUAAGUCAGUCGAUUAAGGUGUCAAUUUUUACAUUUAAGAAAAACACGUCAAAAAUAAUAGCACUAGAGCUGAGGCCAGUGCAGAGUAAUUGUAAUAAUUAAAUCCUUAUUGCCAAGUUACAAUCCUUAAGGGUGAAAUUGAUACACAAGUAUUAUCUUCUUAUAAUGUUGUUGUUUUCACAGAUUACUUCAAUAAAGAAAAAUUGAUAGAAUUCAAUAAUUUCUGCAGAGAAAAAGGAAUCGGUUUUAUCUACACAGCAAAUCUUGGUUUGUAUGGAUGUGCAUUUGUAGAUUUUGGAUAAAAACAUAAAGUUUUUGACAACAAUGGAGAAGAUCCUAAACACUCUAUUGUAGUAUCGAUUACUUAAGAUAAAGAAGGUCUAGUAACUACUCAUGAGGAUAAAAGACAUGGUUUGGUAGAUGGAGACCACGUUACUUUUAAAGAAGUUUAAGGAAUGACUGAAGUAAAUGAUUAGGUUUAUAAAGUUACUGUAAAGUCUCCUUUCACUUUCACUAUAGCUUAGGAUACUUCUAAAUUUAAAGCUUACUAAAGAGAAGGUAUUGUCCAACAGGUUAAAGUAUGUGAGGAAAUAUAGUUUAAUUCAUUAUAAUAAAGCUUGAAUAACCCCAUAGCUCCUGGAAAAGAUUGUCUUGAAAUGUGUGAUUUUGAAAAAAUUGGUAGACCAGAGCAAUUACAUAUUAUUUUAAAUGGGAUAUUUGAAUUUUGCAAACACAAUAAUGGUCAACUUCCACAACUUUUAAAUUAAGACCAUUCUAAAUAGUUAAAAGAAAUAGUCCAUAAGUUAUUGGAAAGUAACAAAGCUGAUGCAAGCAAUAAAUUUAAAGUAGAAGAAAUACCUGAUGAAUUAAUAUAAAAUGUUUCUUUGUAUGCUAGAGCACAUAUCAGUCCAGUUGCUUCUUUCUGGGGUGGUGUAGUAGCCUAAGAAAUAGUAAAAUUCACUGGAAAGUUUACUCCAUUAAGGCAAUGGCUACAUCAUGAGGUUUUUGAAUGCCUCCCAGAUAGUUAAGUUACUAGAGAAGUAGUUGACAGCUAAAAUGGUCAUUACGUUGCUAUAUUUGGAAAAGAAUUCUAGGAAUCAUUGUCUAAAAUCAAAUUAUUUUUAGUAGGUGCAGGUGCACUUGGAUGUGAGUAUUUGAAAAUGUUUGCUCUCAUGGGAAUGUCAACUGGCUAAAGUGGACUUGUAAGUGUUACAGAUGAUGAUAACAUUGAAACAUCUAAUUUAAACAGAUAGUUCUUAUUUAGAAAAGAAAAUGUUGGUAAAUCUAAAUCAGAAACAGCUUGCUAAGUGGCCAAGAAUAUGAACAACAGAUUAAAUGUUAAGAGCUACAAACUCAGAGUAGCACCUGAAAAUGAGUAAUUCUUUAACGACGAUUUUUGGGUCAGCCUAGAUUUUGUAGUUAAUGCUGUUGAUAAUGUUAAAGCACGUCUUUUUGUUGAUGCACAAUGUGUCUGGUUUGAAAAACCUUUAUUUGAGUCAGGAACAUUGGGUACCAAAUGCAAUUCUCAAAUAGUUAUUCCUAAACUUACUCAAUCAUAUGGAGAUUCAGCAGAUCCUCCUGAAGAAAGUAUUCCUUUGUGUACUUUAAAGAACUUUCCUCAUUAAAUUGAACACACAAUUCAAUGGGCUAGAGAUUACUUUGAAGGAAUAAUGGUUGAAGGGCCAAAUGAAUUAUCGCAAUUCAUUAAAAAUCCAUAAGAAUACUUAUCUAAAAUGUAAAGAGAAAACGAAGGUAAAAGUGGUAUAUUAAGAGCUAAGCUAGAAAUUCUAUAAAAAUUAGCAAUAGCUUUUAAUGGAGGAACUUACUAAAAUUGUGUUACUCUAUCAAGAGAAUUAUUCCAAGAAAUGUUCACAAAUUAAAUUGCACAACUCUUACACAGUUUUCCUUUAGACCAUAAGACUGAAGAAGGAUAACCAUUCUGGAGUGGACCUAAAAGACCACCAUAAAUUAUUUAUUUUGACGAAAAUGAUGAGGAACAUAUCAACUUUAUCUAAUCGUCUGCAAAUAUUUUUGCCUAUUUAUUCGGGUUGAAGUAUAAUACAAACAGAGAAGAAAUUAAGAAAAUGGCUAAAUCUGUUCAUGUUAGAGAAUUCAAACCAGGCAAUGUUAAAAUUAGCACAAAUUAAAACGAUAACACUUAAAAUGUAGCUGAAGAUGAUGAACAAAUUUGUACAAAAAUAGCUGAUGAACUAUUGAAGUUGAAAAUAUCCUCUUCCAAGAAAAUUAACACAACCGAAUUCGAGAAGGAUGAUCCUACUAAUUAUCAUAUAGAUUACGUUUCAGCAAUAGCAAAUCUACGUGCUAGAAAUUAUAAGAUUACUGAAGUAGAUAAAUUCAAAGUAAAAUUGAUUGCAGGUAAAAUUAUUCCAGCUCUAGCUACUACAACAGCUAUGGUUGUAGGUGCUGUAGGCUUAGAAAUCAUUAAAUAUAUCUUGAAAAAACCUAUCACUCAAAUAAAAAAUUCUUUUAUGAAUCUUGCAUUACCAAUGUGGUUAUUUAGCGAGCCUUUACCACCUAUGAAGCACAAAGAUAAAGAUUAUGAUGAGAUCCUUUUAGGCCCUGUAAAAGCAAUACCUCCUGGUUUCACUAAUUGGGAUAAAAUUGAUGUUGUAGGACCUCUAACAGUCCAAGGGCUUUUAGACUAUUUCUCAUAAUAAUAUUAGGUAAAACUAUCAAUAAUAUCUGUUGCAAAGAUUUGUAUUUAUAAUUCUUAUGCUGGUGAUUCUGAAAGACUAACUUAGGAUAUAGCAGCCUUAUAUGAAAAACUUAACAAAGCACCUAUUUCAUAAUUUAAAAAAUUCCUUGAAAUUACAGCUAGUGGAGAAACUUUAAAUGAUGGGGUUGAUGUAAAUAUGCCAAUUGUUAAAUACAAAUAUAAAUGA